AUGUCGGAAGCCGCACCCUUCUGCCCAAGAAGACCGAACCUUCGUGAGAUCCUGGCCAACACCGCACCUGCACCAUGGACGCUCGCUGCCUUCAUGGCAUACCUCUCCAACAAUCACUGCCUGGAAACACUGGAGUUCACCAUGGACGCUGGCAGAUACAAGAAGCACUACCACAGAAUGAUGAACAAGGCUCCCGUUCCCGGACAACCGACGGAAACUGACGCCAACUAUGUGAAGGAGUUGUGGGACCGCCUGAUGGAGGCCUACAUCCAGCCCAACGGCUCGCGUGAGGUCAACCUCCCAUCGCAGGUCCGCGAUCCUAUUCUAGAGCACAAGCCCGAAAACAGACUCCCACCGGCACCUACAAUUCUUGAGCCUGCUGUCUCCAAGACUUACGAGUUGAUGGAGGAGUCUGUCCUAGUUCCUUUCCUCAACAGCGUCUAUCCUCAAUCUCCUACUCCUGUUAGCCCUUACUACCCC